AGUCUUUCACCGCCCUAGGAACUUCUCCUACGCCUACGCAAGCCGGGAGGGAUGGGGGGACAGCACCGACCACAAAGGGUCGUCUCCCGCACUCCGUAUGAGGAUGGGGUACUGGUCGGGGGGCAACCGAAGCCUUUCUUCCUAGGUUCUGCAUCUUUUCUAGGUUUCCCAUCACCUAACGCUCCGCUUGAGCCCUCAGCAAAGAUGUCACCCGCCAAAAGGUGUGGCCGGAAGCUGGAGGCGUGGCUUCCGGAAGGGUGGUGCGAGGCUCGUCUCGUUUCCGCCGGCGCACCGAGUGACGUAGGGAAGCGCGCCGCUCACCUCAUGGUUCCAGGGACAGCUAGGGCGGUGGAUGGAGGGUUUGGAAUCACUUGCUAGGAAUCUUGUCUCUCUGCCACCCAGGACAUCAUGGCAGCUCACCUAGUAAAGCGAUGCACGUGCCUCCUGAGAGAAGCUGCUCGUCAGGCCCCUGCCAUGGCUCCAGUUGGCCGACUGAGACUUGCCAGGGUAGCCCAUAAGACUCUGACUUCCUCAGCCACCUCACCCAUUUCCCACUUCCCAGGUUCCUUGAUGGAGCCGGUGGAGAAGGAACGAGCAUUUACUUCCUACGUAGAGAACCAGGUGGAAUACCUCAUCAAGAAGGCCACAAGGCCAGAGGAGCUCCUGGAGCUACUUGGUGGCAGUCACCACUUGGACAGCAAUCAAGCAGCAAUGAUACUUAUCCGGCUCUCUCACUUGCUGUCUGAGAAGCCAGAAGAUAAAGCCUUGCUCAUACAGGAUGCCCACUUUCAGCAACUUCUGUGUCUGCUCAACAGUCAGAUAACCUCGGUCUGGCAUGCUACCCUCUCGAGGCUGCUGGGAAGCUUGUAUGCUCUGGGCGUCCCCAAGGCCUCCAAGGAGCUGCAGUCGGUGGAGCAGGAGGUCCGCUGGCGCAUGCGGAAGCUCAAGUACAAGCACCUGGCCCUCAUGGCAGAGUCCUGUGCCACCCUCUCACAGGAGCAGCACUCGCAGGAGCUGCUGGCUGAGCUGCUCAUGUGCCUGGAAAGGCGCUGGACAGAAAUUGAAGAUUCCCACACAUUAGUGACCAUCAUGAUGAAGGUGGGACACCUCUCGGAGCCACUAAUGAACCGCCUGGAAGACAAGUGCCUGGAGUUGGUGGAGCACUUUGGCCCCAAUGAGCUGCGGAAGGUGCUGGUGACGCUGGCAGCUCAGAGCCGGCGGUCCGUGCCCUUGCUGCGGGCCAUCUCCUACCACCUGGUGCAGAAGCCCUUCUCUCUGACGAAAAGCGUGCUCUUGGACGUGGCCUACGCCUAUGGCAAACUCAGCUUUCACCAGACCCAGGUGUCCCAGCGCCUGGCCACUGACCUGCUGUCCCUCGCGCCCAGCCUGACUUCUGGUGAGGUGGCCUGCUGUGCCAAGUCCUUCGCCUUACUCAAGUGGCUCAGCCUGCCGCUGUUUGAGGCCUUUGCCCAGCACGUCCUGAACAGAGCGCAGGACAUCGCCCUGCCCCACCUGUGCAGCAUACUUCUGGCUUUUGCGCGUCUAAACUUCCGUCCAGACCAAGAGGAUCAGUUCUUCAGCCUGGUACAUGAGAAGCUGGGGUCAGAGCUGCCAGGCCUGGAGCCAGCCCUGCAGGUGGACCUGGUGUGGGCCCUGUGUGUGCUGCAGCAGGCACAGGAAGCAGAGCUGCAAGCCGUCCUCCACCCUGAAUUUCACAUCCAAUUUCUAGGGCGCAAGUCUCAGAAGGAUCAGAACACCUUCCAGAAGCUGCUCCACAUCAACGCCACUGCCCUGCUGGAGCACCCCGAGUACUCAGGUCCCCUUCUGCCUGCCUCGGCUGUGGCCCCUAGGCCCUCAGCCCUUGACAGGAAGGUGACCCCCCUGCAAAAGGAGCUGCAGGAGACACUAAAGGGGCUGCUGGGGAGCGCCGACAGGGGCAGCCUCGAGGUGGCCACGCAGUAUGGCUGGGUGCUGGAUGCUGAGGUGCUGCUGGACAGUGACGGCGAGUUUCUGCCCGUAAGGGACUUUGUGGCACCUCACCUUGCCCAGACAACUGGGAGCCAGUCACCACCUCCAGGGUCUAAGAGGCUAGCUUUCCUGCGGUGGGAGUUCCCCAACUUCAACAGCCGAAGCAAGGACUUGCUGGGUCGCUUUGUUCUGGCCCGGCGACACAUACUGGCUGCAGGGUUCCUGAUAGUGGACGUCCCAUUCUAUGAGUGGCUGGAACUCAAGUCUGAAUGGCAGAAAGGCGCCUACCUCAAGGACAAGAUGCGCAAAGCGGUGGCUGAGGAGCUGGCCAAGUGACUUGUGCCAGCAUCAUGGACUGCAUGCCUCUCCGCCGGAGGUCUAGCUGUGGGCGGGCAAGAAGGGUUGCCCUUGAGGACAAACCUCUGUGCAGGACCUCGGCCAGAGUGGGGAGGGUGGCCAGCCGCUCUGAGGGACAGAGCGUUCUCUUGUGUAUAAUAAACCUUUAAUUUUGGUGUUGGACCCCUGGGGCCUUCCCAGGCUUUGUCACCCUCUGCACUGUCA